AUGGCUAAAACUUCUCCACAUAAAUUAUUCUACAAAGGUGCUGAAAACGAUUUUGUCAUUUUCAUCGAUGAUGCCGAUUUGUUAGCCAAAUAUAAAAAGGAAUUUAGUACCAAAGGGUCAUCUACCAUUCCUAUAAUUGAUUUGGUUUCGAUUUUCAAAGUGUUUAUCAAUAGACAACGUGGUGCUGAAGGUAUUUUAGAUGAAGCUGCUAAACUGGAUUUAGAGAAUGAAUUUAAAACCUCAAACGCAGAUCAAGUUAUCAAGAUAAUUCUUGAAAAGGGUGAAGACAAAUCUAAAACAGGAUCAAUCGGUGAAAUUGGUGGAUCCCACAAUGAUAGCAUAGGUAAUGGUGACGCUGCUAAUUAA